CAACGUAGUAGCAAAGUCCCUGGUCCUGAUGCUAUGAGAUUUGUUUUUGUGAGCCCCAUGUUACCAUAGUGUGAAGUGUAACGGGACCACUGAGGAUAUCUGGGAAAUAAGUUACCGAAAUACAUGAAAAUAUACAGACUUCUGCUUCUCUCGUGGAUGGGGACUGAGAUGCGAUUUCUAGCAGCCGCUACCUAGAUUAUUACAAACAAAACAUCAGCUAGGUUAGCUAUCAUAGCUAGCUGAGUUAGCUAGCUAGCUGCUCAUCAGCAGCAGAGUUGGGAUGUGGCUUCGUAAUGGGAAACGUUUUCGGAAGAAAAGGACGCCCCAGCAGCCCCAGCCCCAGUCGAGUUACCGACCAAGACAGAGCGGUGUUGCAACUGAAACAACAACGGGAUAAGCUAAGGCAGUAUCAAAAGAGGAUUACAGUUCAGCUGGAGAAAGAAAGAUCUCUUGCCAAGCAGCUCCUGAAGGAUGGAAAGAAAGAGAGAGCUCUUCUUCUGCUCAAGAAGAAACGUUACCAGGACCAGUUGCUGGACAAGACUGAGAACCAGAUAGCCAAUCUGGAACGCAUGGUGCAAGACAUUGAAUUUACUCAGAUUGAAAUGAAAGUGUUGGAGGGACUGAAGACUGGAAAUGAGUGCCUCAAGAAGAUGCACGAGGUCAUGUCUAUUGAGGAGGUGGAGAGAAUUCUGGAAGAGACACAAGAGGGUAUAGAGUAUCAGAAGCAAAUUGAUGAGCUGCUGGCAGGCUCCCUGUCACAGGAGGAUGAGGAGGCUGUGCUGCAGGAGCUGGAGGCCAUUACUCAGGGUGAAGAAGACGUGGAGCUUCCAGAAGUACCGACUGAGCCCUUGCCAGAGGUCCCACAGCUUGAACCAGAAGGGAAGCCGUCAAAGAGUCACGCCGAAAGGGAAAUGCUGGCUGCUUAAGGGUGCUCAAGAAGUCAUCAUCUGUGACACACACACACACACGCACGAACACACACACAC